UUCAGCCUGCCUGAGGGGGAGAACCUAGUUCACUGUCCAGAAGAGCGAGUUCCAGACCCCUUGGGGAGAGACUCCUCACGCCGUCACCAAAGAACUUCUCGCCACAGGUGGCAAGUCCAACCUAAGCACCAUCCCUCCUCUGGGACACACAGGCUUCUUAGUCCCUUGAAGAGGAAGGCUGCAAUGUCACUGCUGGGAAGUCAGAGCAUUAUCUCAGUCACCGAGAUCCUUAUUGCCUCUGCUGUCUUCUGUCUGACGUUCAUGGUCAUCAGAUCCUUCCGGCAGCAGAUCCCCAAGGGGCUGAAGAGGCUCCCAGGACCAAGGGGUUACCCCCUGAUAGGCAACGUGCUGGAGCUGGGGAGCAAUCCACACCUGACCUUGACUCAGAUGAGCCAGAAGUAUGGAGAUGUGAUGCAGAUAUGGAUCGGCAGCAGACCUGUGCUGGUGCUGAGUGGUUUGGACACCAUCAAACAAGCCCUGGUGAAGCAAGGGGAGGACUUCAUGGGGCGCCCUGAUCUCUACAGCUUUCACCAUAUUACAGAUGGCCAGAGCUUGACCUUCAGCACUGAUUCAGGGGAGGUGUGGAGAGCUCGCAGGAAGUUGGCCCAGAAUGCUCUGAAGACCUUCUCUGUCUUGCCCAGCCCCAACUCUUCGUCCACCUGCCUCCUCGAGGAGCACGUCUCCAAAGAAGCUGACUACCUAAUAAGAAAGUUGCUGCAACUGAUGGAAGAGAAGAAGAGGUUCGACCCCUUUCGGUAUGUGGUGGUCUCUGUGGCCAAUGUCAUCUCUGCCAUGUGCUUUGGCAACCGUUAUGACCAUGAUGACCAGGAGCUGCUCAGCAUAGCGAAUGUGACGGAGGAAUUUGGGGAUGUGGUUGCCACCGGCAAUCCAGUGGAUUUCAUCCCAGUGCUCCAGUAUCUCCCGAACCGCACCAUGAAGAAAUUUAUGGAAUUCAACACGAGGUUCCUCAGGCUCCUGCAGGACAUUGUCAAAGAGCAUUACGAGAGCUUUGAGAAGGACAACAUUCGAGACAUCACUGACUCCUUGAUUGAGCAAAGUCAGGAGAAUAAAGUGGAAGCCAAUGCCAACAUUCAGCUCCUGAAGGGAAAAAUUGUCAACCUGGUCAAUGACCUCUUCGGAGCCGGGUUUGACUCUGUGACAACAUCUUUGUCCUGGAGCCUCAUGUAUCUUGUGACUUAUCCAGACAUUCAGAAGAAGAUUCAGGAAGAAUUAGAUCAGACCAUUGGCAGAGAGAGGAGACCCAGACUCUCAGACCGGCCCAUGCUGCCUUACACAGAAGCCUUUAUCUUAGAGAUGUUCAGACAUUCCUCCUUCCUGCCCUUCACCAUUCCUCACUGCACAACGAAAGAUACAGUUCUGAAUGGCUACUACAUCCCGAAGGACCUCUGUGUUUUUGUCAACCAAUGGCAAGUCAAUCACGAUGAGAAGCUUUGGAAAGAACCAUCUACGUUUGACCCAGAGCGUUUUCUCUGUGCCGGAGGGACUGAAGUAAACAAGACCGAUGGGGAGAAGAUACUGGUCUUUGGCCUGGGGAAGAGGAGGUGCCUUGGUGAGACCAUUGCCAGAUGGGAGGUCUUCCUCUUCCUGACCACCCUGCUGCAGCAGCUGGAAUUCAGCGUCUCUGAUGGACAGAAGGUGGACAUGACCCCUCUGUAUGGCCUGGUAAUGAAACACAAGAGGUGUGAGCACUUCCAGGUUAAGCAGCGCUUCCCAAUCCAGAGUUCAGAGUGAGUCACCUCUGGACACUGGAUGGGGGCAAGGGGAGAUCCCAUUUGAAUUUUCAUCCUUAGGGGCAUAUGCUAAGAUAAAUUGGACCCAAUAUAGCUUCUAUCUGACUAAUCUGUAUUGAUUUGUCUUGCCCGUCAAUUAAUUAGCUCCAUCACCCUCACCUGUAUAAUCAUGACAGACAUGCCAGGGUAGCCUGGCUUGUUCACACAGGUGUAACUGCUUUUGGGGGUGAUGCAUGAUAGCUGGGGCUCUCUGCUGAAUUCCUCUUUGAAUGCUACUAAGGUGUAUUCCGUUAAUGCCUCCUUAUAACAGACAGCCAAAAGUUGAAGCCGUUGGGACCACCCAUGUGCUUAAAGUUAUACAUGUGCUUAAGAUCUUUGCUAAGCUGGAACCUAAGCUUGUCCCAAAUGUCAUGAUGACCUUCAUCCAGGUAGAGUAUUAAGGUCCAUGGACAUCUUAGGAGGUAGAUCCUCAGCUGAAAUAAACUCCUUAUUGGAGCUAGGACAACUGACAACUAACCCUUGUGUUCAGUAUUGUCUAUUACAUUGUAGAAGAAGGCUAGGCUUGUCAAGGAGGGUAAGAAAGAGUUCAGCAUCUCACUCCCAACUGAACAUAGGUAAUAAAACAACUUUGUUUACAUGGAUUAGCUUUCUGGUUUCUUGGACCUGUUUGAUUUCCUCCAAAGAGCCCCAGAAACUGAGGCAGCUUUGAUGAAUGAACUCUUUGUUGUAAGACAGCCCAUGAAAACAGGAACAUGACAGCGAUGGCUUGUAAGUCAUAUUGGAUGUAAGCAAAUAGCAAGAGAAGGUUAGAAUUUGUGAUAAUUGGCAAGAUUUGAACACUAACAAUUAAGUAAGGGAAUGCAGAAGUGCCCUAGGGGUGGGGAAUGUUAACUAGGCUGAUUAAUACUUCAUUCUGGGAGAAAGCAUGACAUGAUAGAGGAACCUUUUGAUGUUAGCAAGUAACUGUUGCUCAGACCCAUGUCUCUCGUAUGCUAAAAAGGUCACGUGAUCCCACUGCAGGUUCCAAAGAACCUUUGAAAUGCUGUGGGUGCCAGCAGAAGAAAGUGAGGAUGAAAUGAUAUUGCAUUUCUGAACAAGUGAAAGCAAAUAAUAGUCAGCCCUAGCUCGCAUCAUCCAUAGAUUCCAAAGCACUUUGCAAAUGAGAUCAGCAUAAAUUUACAGCUAGGGAAACUGAGGCCGGGAGAGAUGGCUAGUGACUGGCCCAAGAUCACCCAACUGGGAAGCAAACCCAAGUCUUUUGAGGCCCAGUCCAGUGCUCUAUCCAUUAGGCAACACUGCCCAACUGGAAGUUGCAUUUGAGAGCAGAGUCCCGGUGAGCAUCUCCCCAGCUGCUGGAAUCCAACAAACUUUAUUGUCACUAGGAAUUUCAAACUUUUCCUUUGCAUGGGCCCCCUCUUAUUCAAGAGAUUGUCUCCUGAACAUCAUUGGCAACCAUCCCUGCCAAACUGGUAAGAGGUCUAAUUAGGUGUCUGAUGAAUCUGCUUAUGGCUGACAAACCCAAUUCGACAGGAACACAGCUUGGUACAAAUUUCACAGCUCCAGGUGUUGUCUGAGUUGGAGUCCAAGAUUACAGCACACUGCUUUCUUCUUUCUCGCUCUGCUUCCAUCCUCUGGCUCAAAGCCACUUCAUGUUCUGCUGCAAUCAGUGCCAGAUGUUCCCUCCAGAUUGGACGGGCUUCUGCACGCUCCUCCCAGCUGUCUACAUUGAAGUUGAACGACUUCAAAUCAUUUCUGCACAUGUCGUGGUAUCCUGCUUUUUAGAGACAUGCCAAAUCUCGCUGUACAAAAUAUUCUUGGGGAUAUGGUCUCCUGUCCUCCCAUUCUCCUGUCAUGACCGAGCCAUUGCAAUCUCCUCUUCUUGAUAGUGGUUUCUAAGUAUGUCAGUCCUGCGUGCUUCAGCACCUCUGUUUGGUAUUUUGUCUUCCCACUUCAUUUUCAGAAUCUUAUGCAGGCAUCUCAUGCUCAGUGUUUUCCCCAGGAAUUGAAAUUGGGGGGGGGAGGGUUCGAAUUUACGGGGAUGGGGCGGUGCGGGGUCAGGGCUGAUGAGGUGUCAGAUCGUGAGUCUGUCAGUGUUUUAUAAGACAGGGAUCUUUAAAAGCUACGUAGAGGCUGAAUAGAAUCUAGAAGUCGCUGUUGUAGAUUUUUAAGAAUCAAGUCUGUGUACUUUUUCAGUUGUCUUAACAAACACUUCUUGUCCCCUUCACUUAAGGAUUCAAUAUAAAUGCCAAAAAGAAAAGGAGUACUUGUGGCACCUUAGAGACUAACAAAUUUAUUUAUAAAUAUAAUAUUAGUCAUUAGUCAACUUCUGGACUGAAGUCUUUGCUUCUUCCAGUACUUUUUCAAUGGAUAGCUCUUUGAUUGAUCCAAAUGUAGCUUCUGGAGAAAGAUCUACUACUGUUGUAGCAGAUGCCUGGAUGGCAUUGUUUAAUGACCCCAGUGGUUUCAACAGUAGACUUACAAGAGAGAGAAUGGCAAUAGUCUUCUCUGAACGUAGUAACAAAAGUAAUCCACCAGCCUCACUACUUAGAUCCAUCCUAUCUUGGUAGAUACUUUCCAAAGCCAGUAAUAAUGGUUGGAGUAAUUUUAAGACAACAGCCAAGGAUCACUCAUGAGAAAGUCAGAGGGUUUUCCCAGACUGGACUAAUUUGAACUUCAGUCCCAGUGUAUCUUUUGUAUUUUCCAAGAUAUUCAGUCUUUUUGGACUCUUGCUGAAAAAAAUAUAAUGAAGACAUUAAAUGUAUAGCUUUUUAAAUGUCUUUUGAAGAGUCUGCAGCUCAUACCAGCGCUAGUUGGAGUAGAUGGCCUCUGCAGUGUGUAUAGGAGAGAUUAGUGUUACACUUUUUGCUGAGCAAAGCUUGUGCUCCACCAUGUCUUCCAGAGAAGUUUGCAGCUCCAUCAAAUACACAAGCAGCCCUCUGUUUGGGGUCCCAUUGACAUGCAUUUAACUCUUCUAAGAUGUGGGUUGUCACAGAUGCAGCCAUUCUGUCUUCUAUAACUUGAACAUCUAGAAAUGCAUCUACUGGCCUACCACUGACAUCAAGAUAACAUACACAAUGACUUAAUACUUGAUGCCCAUUUGCAUUGGUGCAUUCAUCAGUCAUGUACGCACAUUUUUUUAAUUUGGUGGGAGAGUUCUUCACUUUUUCAACUGUUGAGUCUUUCACUGUUGCACCACAUGUGUCUAGCCAGUCAGUUGAGUUUCUUGCAGAAAGAUAGUGAGCAUUUGCUGGUCUUGUUCGGAACCAGUGUUCAACUUCAGGAUGAACAAGUGACAAUGCACUUAACAUUGGCCUCCAGUUUGCAGUGUGUGGUAUCUCUUGCUUAAAUAGAAAGUACGAUGCCACGGCCAUGUUUGUUCGCAUGAACUGUGUUGUGUCUCCAACAUUCUUAACAGCCUCAUUAACACUCACCGGUGUUGUCCUUGGUCAGUGGAGACUCAGAGUUCAGAGGUGCUUUCGCAUGAGUUCAUCUCCCAGGUGGGGGGCAAGAAAGCACCUUGCUCGUUCCUCCAGCUGUUCACUGUUUGCUCUGGCCACUGUUGUUCGUUGUGCCACCAUUCACUCCAUCGCUCUGUUGCCAAUGGCCCUGCGCUGCCACCUUCUGCUGCCACCUGCCACUGUGACCUCUGCGAGUUGGUCUCUUCAGGUUCCAGCAGCUCUCAGUGAUUUCAGCUGAGCUCUCAGUGAGGAACCUUGCUGCUAGCGCAGACUGGGCCGUCUCUUCCACAGAAACACUGUCCCACAGCAGGUCAUGAUCAGUGAUUUCAGCUGUAGUGGUCACUUAACAGAACAAAGACUAUCUAUGGAUCCUAAUCAGCUCUGUCUUUAAACAGUGGAGAGGGGCAGAUCAAACAGUACUUGUGACUCAGGCAGACCAUCAAGCAAAACACCUGUCCCCACCCUCUCUCUCUGGAUGCCCUCAAUCAGCACAGGCUAAGUACAGUUCUACUGCCCUUUACCCAUACAAUAAAAAUAACAUUUAAUAACCUCCCCCCUCCCUGUGCAUUCAAGUGAUUUGUAACCCAACCCCAGCCAAAAUCUAUCACUUGGGCAACACAGCUCUGUUUGCUGGAUACCUAGGUAGAUUAGGUGUGAAUGUAAAUACAAUCUGGUCCUGAAGCCUUUCCCCCCCAGUCCCCAGCUCAUCACUAGCUGUCAGGGAGAGCUCAUUUAGACUUUGCUUACAAAUCAUAAUUUGAAAUUAUUAGGUUGGCCAACAUCACCGACAUGAAUGCACUGACAUUGUCAUAAACAGUGGUACAAGGAAGCUAGUCUAUGUUCAUACUUUUCAAAUCUAUUAUACUCUUUCAGAUACACGUAUUUUAUCCCACACUGUAUAUGCUUUUAAAGUGUGUAUUAAUGUUUCAAUUUCAAUUCAAAUUUCCAAACAAUCACUAAAUUGGCAACACUGCAUGUAACUAGUUCACAAAACUGGGGGGAGGGGCGGGUGUUGGGGAAAUUCAGGAGGGGUGUACACCACCCCCAGCCCCCCAGAGGACGUGUAGGGAAAUCACUGCGUCAUGUUCAAUCUCGUGAUGUGCCUAGAAUAUGUAUUCCGAAUCCCUGAACCAUAAAGCAGUGCUGACAGCACACAGUCUCCUGAACACCUCCCCUUCUAAUCACAGUCCUGGACAACACUUUUCCCUUAGCCCCACCAAUUUUGCAUCAACCACCUCCUCUCCCCUUUGGAGUUGCGUGGAUGAACUCUCUUCCCAUAUGCAAUCAUGUAACACCCAGCAAUUGUUCCCGAUGAUGAUUGGCAUUAGGAAAGCAGUUAGAUUUGUUUGACGUGUUAAAUGCAAUAUGUGUUCAGUUCUUUGUUCUGGCAAUAAAGCUGGUGGAUCAUCUUCACGAGGCGGGCACAUUCUUGAGCGGCAGAUCUUGCUUACACCAG